GUCGCGGGCGCGCGCGCCGCCGGCGGAGCCGCAGUUAAAAUGGUCCGAGCGGGACCCCGCGUUCCCCCCGCCGCCGCACUGACUGACUGAGCCGGCGGGCCAGGCUUGGACUGGUCGCGUAGCCGGCAGGCUCGCUCCCUCCGUCGCGUCCCCAAAGCUCGCGCCCAUCGUUCUCCCGGCUUCCCGGGGCAAAGCAUGUAGCCCCCGUCGGGCGCCCGGGCGGCCCGCAGCUGACGCCCACCCCCCACCGUCGCGUGUGUGCCCGUGUGUGCGUGUGUGUGCGCAGGGCGGGCGACCCCGCCGCGGGCCCGAAGCCGAGGCAGCCAGCGGCCUAUCCCGCUGCCGGAGCUCGCUUCUCCGGGCCUCCCUACUUCCCCGUCCCGGUCCCCCUCCUCGGGGCCUUCUAUAUGGGCCACCUUCUCUCGAAGGAGCCGCGUAACCGCCCGAGCCAGAAGAGGCCUCGCUGUUGCAGCUGGUGCCGCCGCCGCCGCCCUCUCCUCAGGCUGCCCCGCCGGACCCCGGCCAAGGCGCCCCCCCAGCCGGCGGCGCCCCGGAGCCGGGACUGCUUCUUCCGCGGGCCCUGCAUGCUCUGCUUCAUCGGCUCCGAGCAGCCACCGCAGCCGCUCUGCCCCCCGCCCUCCUCUCCCACUUCCGAAGGUGCCCCCACAGAGGCCGGCGGGGACGCGGUCCGAGCGGGGGGCACCGCCCCCUCGCCCGCCCAGCAGCAGCAUGAAUGCGGCGACACGGACUGUCAGGAGCCCCCCGAAAAUCCCUGCGACUGUCACAGGGAUCCACCCCCUGAAACCCCAGACAUCAACCAGUUGCCGCCAUCCAUCCUGCUCAAGAUAUUUUCCAAUUUAUCCCUGGAUGAGCGUUGCCUUUCUGCCUCAUUGGUUUGCAAGUACUGGCGUGACCUUUGUUUAGAUUUCCAGUUUUGGAAGCAACUGGAUCUUAGUAGUCGUCAGCAGGUCACUGAUGAAUUAUUGGAAAAAAUUGCAUCAAGAAGUCAGAAUAUAAUUGAAAUCAACAUUUCUGAUUGUCGCAGUAUGUCUGAUACUGGCGUAUGUGUUUUAGCAUUUAAGUGUCCUGGACUUCUUAGGUAUACAGCCUACAGGUGUAAACAGCUUUCUGACACUUCUAUUAUUGCGGUUGCCUCUCAUUGUCCUUUACUUCAGAAAGUUCAUGUAGGCAACCAGGACAAACUUACUGAUGAAGGACUCAAACAGCUGGGCUCAAAGUGCAGAGAACUCAAAGAUAUACAUUUCGGCCAGUGUUACAAGAUCUCAGAUGAAGGCAUGAUCGUCAUAGCUAAGGGCUGUCUGAAAUUACAAAGAAUAUACAUGCAGGAAAACAAAUUAGUGACAGACCAGUCGGUGAAAGCAUUUGCUGAGCACUGUCCUGAACUUCAGUACGUUGGCUUCAUGGGUUGUUCAGUUACUUCUAAAGGAGUCAUUCACCUCACCAAGCUACGAAAUCUUUCCAGCUUGGACCUACGUCAUAUCACUGAACUGGAUAAUGAAACCGUGAUGGAAAUUGUCAAAAGGUGCAAAAAUCUUAGCUCUCUCAAUCUCUGUCUGAACUGGAUCAUAAAUGACAGGUGUGUGGAGGUCAUUGCAAAGGAAGGACAAAACCUGAAAGAGCUGUAUUUGGUGUCCUGUAAAAUCACAGAUUAUGCCCUGAUAGCCAUCGGCCGGUAUAGCAUGACGAUAGAGACUGUGGACGUCGGAUGGUGUAAAGAAAUUACAGAUCAAGGAGCCACCCUCAUUGCACAGAGCAGCAAAUCCCUGAGAUACUUGGGGCUGAUGAGAUGCGAUAAAGUCAGCGAAGUCACGGUGGAGCAGCUGGUGCAGCAGUACCCCCACAUCACCUUCAGCACCGUGCUGCAGGACUGCAAGAGGACCUUGGAGAGAGCCUAUCAGAUGGGCUGGACCCCCAGCAUGUCUGCCGCCUCCUCCUAACACUCCUGCUCAUGCCUACGGCCACUCGGGGCAUUCAGCAGCGUGGAGAGGACCUGGAGAUUUGGGGUCGGUGAUCCCUUGGAAAGGUUUUAACUGUUCCAUGUCUGUGGGUGUACCCCAGUGUGUAUAUUUGUGUCUUGUUUGCAUACUGCAUAGCCUAAGCGCAACUGCUAUUUGUUCCCAGGUGAGCUGGGGUUUGUUUGUUUGUUUUUUUCCUUAAAAAGUAAAGAUUUCGAAAGCCACAGACCCUUUAGUUUUUAAGUUCAAAGGCUUGUUUCUCUAAAGAAAAAAAAAAUUUACUGUAAAACCAAAAAACUUUGGUCUAUUAUUUUGAGCUUCUAAUGAUUGCCUCUUGAAGAUGCCCUGACAGAAAGGCAUGUGCCUUCUCUUUUGAUGGGAUAGAAUUGUGCACUUCUCCUGAUGAUGACCAGACCAGAAGUGAUGUUGCACUAAUUAGAAACCAGGAAACCAGUACUUUGCAAAAUUUCAGGCACAUACACACAUCCAGGUUCUCACACCCCCUCCUAUACGUGUACACGUGCAUGUGUGCACAAACUCCAGGGCAGUUUCUUUCUAGAUUGUUUUCUGACAGAGGGGCCUCCCUCCAGGUCACUGAGGGAACGUGUCAUCCACUGUGGCUCUGCCUCAGUCUAUCCACAGAGGGCUGACUUGCUAUCUGUAGGUGAGGUAGGGACUAAAGGAAAUAAAGCCUUCCGUGAAGUUUUUAUAUGGAGGCAACAAUCUGAACUCCCCUGGCCAGCUCACAAAAGUUAAUUGUUCAUUAUUCUGUAAAUGUGUUCUGUUGAGUCCUGAAUAUUUUAGUUAAGUUUUAUGUUAACAUUGUAUUAGCUUUUAUUUCAUGGGUAGUAACUGGUCCAGGUAUAUUUUAAUGAUAUUUGGAGCUAACCUUAGCAUUAUCCACAUUAAAGGCACCAGUGUAAUUAAUAGUAAGCAGUUAUUAAAAAAAAACAACAACAACAAACCCUACAGAUCAUUUAAUUAUUUAGUUAAUUUUGGUAAUUAUGAAAGUAUAUUCCUGAGAUUUGGAGGUAGUCACAUGAAUAGAAGAUUAAUGAGUGAGAUAUAAGUAGACAAUCUUUCUAUUGAUUUAUCUUUUUUUUUUGCUUUGCUUUGGGCUUUAGAACAGGUGUUUUGGAUAUAUGCAUGUUAUUUUUGAAUAGCUCUUGUGCUAUUACAAAGAUCUAUUGCUGGUUAAUGUAUGAGUUAAGAGGAAAAAUGAGAAAAUCUUUUCAUUAAGAUUCUGUUUACACUCGUCAGAAAUAAGCAUUUCUUUGUUUAAAGAUUGCCAGCUUUCAGUUAAGACAUAUCUAUCAGUAAAUGAAUAUAUGUUUUGAUUUCACACAUCUUUACAAUUAAUUCAUAGUAGGGACUCAGGCUCAAGUAAACUUUCCUGUGUCUAGAUUUAUAAUCAAGACAGCAGGGAGCCUUUUUAAGCUAAAGAGUGAUUAUCUUUCACAGUAGAACUAGAUACAAAACCCUGCCUUGUGAGUUUACUAUUUAUUCUUCCCCAAUGUGGACAUAACUGUUUUUUUGGUCUUUAGCAGAUAUACUAAGGUUUGAGUUUCACUUUCGGUAAGUCCCAAUAUAGCUAAAAUGAUACUAGCUGUAAGAAACAAAAUAUAGCUUUACAUUCAAAUACCAUUCACUUAUUUAUAAUGACUCCUUUUUUGUAAACACUGUUUCCUUUGAUCAUGUCAACAUGUUUCUGAUGUGGCAUGUUUUUUGCUUUUAAUCCCAGUCAGUUAAGAAAAUCUAGUUAGUAAGCACCAAGGGUAUUUUUUCCAUCACUAAAUAGGUUACUAAUUUAAUUUGAACGGAAUAAAAUUUGUGUAAGGAAAAAAAACUUUAUUAUUAAUAAAAAAGUUCUUCUUGCACAUCAAGUGGUAUCGGUUUCAUAUUCAUUUCCCCACCACUGAAAAAUAUUUUAAUUCACAAUAUUUUAACUGGUUUUUAAUCCAAAACUAAUUUAUGACAGUGUGUAUAGUAAUAGUAACUUGAGUGAAUAAACAAAAGUUUAAUUUUUAUAUAUGUCACACUAUAUUUUAAAUAGUUAAAAAAGACAAAAGAAGGGAGAGCCAUUGAUAUGGAUGGUGCCAUUUCAGUUCAAAGUUGUAAUAAUCUUUAGAGUGUUACAGUUUGGUUGUCAAACGGUUUCAGAAGUGUAUAAUUGAUUUUUUUUUUAAAUGUUGCAUUUUUCGAAUCUAAAAUACAGCACUAUAACAUGCUUUAGCUUGGGGGUGGGGUGGGGUGGGGGACUUGCACUUAUUCUUUAAGAUGUUGACUAAUCCAGAAAGCCUGAUGCAACAUAACCUGGAAAACUGCUUUGGUAUAUUUGUAGAAAUCUGUAGAAAUAUCGUAUCCAGCCUCAAAGCAUUAAUCUCAAAAAACAACCAGAAAAAAAAAAAAAAAAUCACCUUGAGUGAUCCUGUGAUGGUUGUUGAAUGUGUUCUCAUUAGAUGCUUUGAAAUGAGGCUUAAAAUGAUUUCUGGGCAAUAUAGAAUUUCUUGUUUUGCGUAGAAUGUCAUAAAUAUAUGUGAACACGUUUAAUGCAGGGCUUUUUAUCUCUCCAAAAUGUCAACAGUAUUUUCAGAAUAAAGACUAUGAAAUAUAUUGCUGUAGUGAAAAAUUCUGGUCCUUUGUCUUUAAUGUCUUUUUGAGUGGAUAAAGGAAAUUCACCCAGUUUGUAGUUUCUAUAUUUCCGUGAAUCUUUUGACCUUGCAAUGGGUUGCAAUAAAAGAGAAACAAAA